CGACCACCGAUACCAGCAACAACGACCAGCGAGGCUAGCACCAACGAACAACGACCAGCGAGACGCCCAGACACAGCGACCAGCGAGACCAGCAACAACGACCAGCGAGACGCCCAACAACGACGACCAGCGAGACGCCCAACAACAACGACCAGCGAGACGCCCAACAACGACGACCAGCGAGACGCCCAACAACAACGACCAGCGAGGCUAGCACCAACGACCAGCGAGACGCCCAGCAACAAUGACCACCGAUACCAGCAACAACGACUUCCAGCUCCAGCCACCCUCAACUGUCCACAAGUCACUAUUUAA